AUGGAACAAAGCAAUUACAGCUCUCCACAUGGUUUCAUUUUGCUUGGCUUCUCUGAUCAUCCCAAACUGGAGAUGAUCCUGUCAGCAGUUGUUGCUAUUUUCUAUGUAAUUACGCUGGUGGGUAACACAGCCAUCAUUCUUGCAUCUCUCCUAGAUGCCCGUCUGCACACACCAAUGUAUUUUUUCCUCAGGAAUUUAUCUUUCCUAGAUCUGUGUUUUACCACCAGUAUUGUACCUCAGAUGCUAGUUAACUUGUGGGGUCCUGAUAAGACCAUCAGCUAUGUGGGUUGUGUCAUUCAACUCUAUGUUUAUAUGUGGUUUGGUUCUGUUGAGUGUCUUCUCCUGGCUGUUAUGUCCUAUGAUCGUUUUACAGCUAUUUGUAAACCCUUGCAUUAUUUGGUAAUCAUGAACCCACAUCUUUGUCUCAAGAUGAUUACUAUGGUCUGGGGCAUUGGUUUGACCAAUUCUGUGAUAUUAUGUACACUCACACUUAAUUUGCCUAGAUGUGAGAACAACAUUCUAGAUCAUUUCUUGUGUGAGCUGCCAGCUAUGGUCAAAAUAGCUUGUGUAGACACCACAGCAGUUGAACUGUCUGUUUUUGCUUUAGGCAUUGUCAUUGUCCUUACACCCCUCUUCCUUAUUCUCAUGUCCUAUGGUUAUAUUGCCCGAGCAGUACUGAGAAUGAAGUCAAAAGCAGGCCAGCGAAAAGCCAUGAAUACUUGUGGAUCUCAUCUCACUGUAGUGUCCAUUUUCUAUGGAGCUAUCAUCUACUUAUACCUGCAGCCAGGUAACAGUGCCUCCAAAGACCAGGGCAAGUUCCUCACCCUCUUUUACACUAUCAUCACUCCAAGUCUCAAUCCCCUCAUCUACACUUUAAGGAAUAAAGACAUGAAGGGUGCACUACAGAAGCUGGUGAAAGUUGAUUGUAAAUCUGCAAAAAUGAAGAGGAACUGGAAAGCAUAG